CAGAUGUAUCAGUUCUUCCAAUUUAUAGACAAAUGAUAGCUGGUGGAUUGAGAGUUUGGGUUUUCAGUGGAGAUGUGGACUCAGUGGUGCCAGUUACUGCAACAAGGUAUUCUCUGGCACAACUGAAAUUAACAACCAAAAUUCCAGGGUAUCCUUGGUAUGUUAAGAAGCAGGUGGGAGAAUGGACAGAAGUUUAUGAAGGGCUAACAUUUGCAACGGUGAGAGAGGCAGGUCAUGAGGUGCCACUCUUCAAGCCAAGGGCUGCUCUGCAGCUAUUCAAAUCAUUUUGA